AUGGCCGGCAUUGGUGGUGGUCCUACAACUCGCCUAUCCCUUGACCCCAGCCGCACCGACAACGUCAUGUCUACGCCUGCAUAUACUGUCAACGAAGAGCCGCUCGGGACGGCGCGGCAUCUUCGAAUUGUCGGUAUCGGCGCCGGUGCCAGUGGGAUCAACAUGAUCCGCACUUUACGUCUGAAGCUGGGAAAGAACUAUGAGCACGUUGUCUACGAAAAGAACACGGACGUUGGCGGCACUUGGCUCGAAAAUCGCUAUCCAGGGUGCCGUUGCGACAUCCCCAGCCACAACUACCAAUUCUCGUGGCGACCAAACCGGGAGUGGUCCAACUUUUUCUCGGCGGCCGAAGAGAUCAACGCGUACCUGUGCCGCAUCUGCGAGGACGAGGGCAUGCGGGGCAGUGUGAUUAAGACGCAGCAUGAAGUGCUGGGUGCGCGCUGGGACGAAACUCAGGGUCGGUGGCUGCUAACCAUUGCCAAUCUGCUUACGGGCGAGCAAUUUAGCGACUGCGCCGAUUUCUUGAUUGACGCAUCCGGGAUCUUGAACAACUGGAAAUGGCCUGAUAUUGAAGGGCUGCACGAUUUUGAGGGCGAUCUUGUCCACAGUGCCCGUUGGCCAGCCGAGUUUGACUACAAGGAUAAGACGGUGGCCGUUAUUGGCAAUGGCUCGUCUGGCGUCCAGAUCGUGCCGGCCAUCCAUGCCGAUGUCAAGAAACUCGUGCACAUUGUUCGGACACCAACGUGGAUUAUCCCGCCGCGAGUCCAAAUAUUCAAGAUGGGGCCGGCCGCCGAGGUCAUGGGCACGAUCGAGCUUGACGUCGAAGAAAACUUCACGCCCGAGCAAAUUUCGCGCUUCCAAUCCGACCCGGCCUUGUACCGCACAUUUGUCAAGACCAUUGAGAAGGAAACCAACAACUCGUUUCCUAUACUCCUCAAAGAUAGCCCGAUGCAGUCGUUUGCUGCCGGACACGUGCGCCAGUAUAUGACUGCCAUGUUGGGUGGAGACGAGCGGCUUUGCAAGGCUCUGAUCCCAGAUUAUGCGCUCGGCUGCCGACGAAUGACACCGGCACCGCACUAUCUGCAGACGCUGACCCAACCGAACGUCCAGGUUGUCACAGAUGGUAUCCGCCGGGUCCUUCCACGUGGCCUGGAGCUGGAUAGCGGUGAAGUUGUCGACGUCGAUGCUAUUGUCUGUGCCACGGGAUUCGACGUGUCGUUUUGCCCCCGGUUCCCACUCGUCGGCCGCAACGGCAACCUGCAAGAUCUUUGGCGGGCAAACACACCCCAGGCCUACAUGUCCUGUGCCGUGCCGGGGCUGCCCAACUAUUUCACCUUCCUGGGCCCCAAUGCCCCAAUCGGUCAUGGUAGUGUCUUCACCUUGGCCGAGCACAUUGCCACGUACAUUGCUGGUGCUAUUCGCAAGUGCCAGACCGAGGGCAUCAAAGCCAUUUCUCCCUCCCAAGCUGCCGUCGACGACUACAGCGAACACAUCCGCGCCUUUAUGCCUCGCACGGCCUGGUCCUCCUCCUGUCGCUCGUGGUUCAAGGGAACCAGUGAUGGCCAGCGUCAGGGCGAAGACGAGAACGGACCGGUCACAGCAUUGCACCCAGGCAGCCGUAUCCAUUUUUUCCACAUGCUCGAGACAUUCCGCGGCGAGGACUACGGAUACGUGUAUGAAACCGACGACAGUCGUGACGGAGCUGCCGUUUCGAGUCGCAACCGCUUCCGGUACCUCGGCAAUGGGUUCUCGACCAAAGAACUUGACGAGGAAGCGGAUCCGACCUGGUAUCUGGAUGGCGUCGCACUGACAGCGACGACGCCGGACAGCAGCGCCGGUCCCCAGACGGGAGACAGAAUCAAAGCGCUGCUAUAA